AUGUCGAGGCCGAUAGGCCAAGACGAUUGUUUUGCAGGAGCAUCCCGAGAUGUUGCCCCAGUCAGUGUUAUACCCUCCGUCUUAAUACAUAAAACACCAAUACCGUUUCAGAAAGAUAUGUACGAAAAAGACAAGUCCGAAAAGUUUGUCAACAAAAACUGGACAAUUUUGAUGACAGUCAAUAAUGCGUAUUUGGACUUCUUUCAAAACUGGAUUCAUUUCUACAAUAAGCUUCAAGUAAACUACCCCAUGAUAAUCAUUGCCGAGGACGAUGUUGCGUUUUUAAGACUUCGCCAAAUAAAUGGAAAACCAAGAUUCACUCCUGUAAGGAGUUGGAGAAUUUCACUCGGGUCGGCUGUUGUAUAUGGAUCUAAAGGAUUCAAGGAACUUGCAUCGGGCAGGCCAACAUAUAUUCUAAGAUAUUUAGAGAAAGGAACAAAUAUUCUUUACGCAGACACAGAUUCUGUUUGGUUACAUGACCCAGCUCCAUUUUUCCAGGGACAAUAUGAUAUGUGGAUGCAAGUUGACAGUCCUGGAAAUUUAUGCACCGGGCUGAUGGCUAUCAAAAGCAAUAAUGAGUCUAUAAAACUAAUGAAAAAGUGGGAAGCCUCAUUGAAAACACGUUUAGAUAUUGACCAGACCGCGUUUAACAAAGUUCACAGAAACUCGACCAUACACUUAAAGCCACUGGACAGGAACUUGUUUCCAUCAGGGAAUCUGUAUUUUGGGCAUCAUAUGUACAUGUCAUGUGUAGAAAGAAGCUGA